AUGAGCCAUUCUAUGCGCAAGGCAUUAAGCGAUUCACAUGCAUCGUCGCAUUUCAUCUUCCAAACAGGGCUGAAGGGGAGCAGUACACAUGUGGAAACCACAGCUGAGGUUCAACAAUGGGUCACAGUCGUGCAGCCAGGAAGUGGACGAGCCGGGGUUGAGUCCAGGCUGCCUGCCUUGAAAACCCUUGCUCUAACCUCCCACUCCCUUGAGGUCCUCCAGGGCAUCACGUGUUCUCGCCUCAGCAGCCAAAAGCAGAACAAUGCCGUCACCCUCAUGCCCACCCCACACCCACAAUUCCCAGAUGUCGCUCCCCCUGCCCACCCGCAGCUCACAACUCUGCAGGAAAUUCAGGGCUGGCAACUUGACCUGCCACCCUGGGAAGGCCCUGGUCCUUUACUCUGGAGUCCCCCUCCAGCCAGCUGGGAAAGAGCCCCAUAUACCCAGAUAGGCAAGCCAACCCAAUGGCAGCGGGCAGUUGGGCACACGGUGAGGGAGGUGACACUCACUGUGUGCAGUGCUGGAGGAAGCCGGCCGGAGCCCACCCGACCGCGCCUUCCUCGUCCACUCUGGGAACACUCUGAGGCCUCCUUCGCCUUCGCGCCCGCACCACCAGCCAAGACAACCGCGCCGCCCUCGCAGGUGCUCCAGAACUACCACGCCAACUGCGAGGCCGCCAUCAACAGCCAGAUCUGCCUGGAGCUCUACGCCUUCUGCGUGUACCUAGCGAUGGCCUAUUACUUCGACAGGGACGACGUGGCCCUGAAGAACUUCUCCCAGUUCUUCCUGCAGCUGUCGCGUGCAAAGAGGGAGCACACCCAGAGGCUGAUGCAGCUGCAGAACAUGCGCGGAGCCCACCUCCGCCUCUGCGACAUCAAGAAGCCAGACCGCGACGACUGGGAGAGCGGCCUGAAGGCCCUGGAGUGCGCUCUGCACCUGGAGAAGAGUGUGACCCAGACCCUGCUCGAUCUGCACCAGCUGGCCACCCAGAAGAAGGACGUCCACCUGUGCGACUACCUGGAGGGUCACUACCUGAAGGAGCAGGUCAGGUUCAUCAAAGAGUUGGGGGGCCAUAUCACCAACCUGCGCAAGAUGGGGGCCCCAGAAAACGGCAUGGCAGAGUACCUCUUCGACAAGCUCACCCUGGGCAACAGCAACAAGAACUGAGUUUGGACUGCCUUCCCUGGGGUGCUUGGUGACUUCCCCUGGUCACCAUACUGAGCAUGCAUAUUGCAGUAUUGCCCUUGCAAAACGUUCACUUAAGUUCUCUUUCUUGCAAUUUUACCAUUUUAUUCCAAUAAAGUUAUUUGGU